AUGUACAAGCGACAUCCGGCGCUCACCAACCCUGGACGGUGGGUCAGGGGACCGAAGAAGCAUCAUCCAGAUACCUAUAUCACUCCUCCUUAUGACAUUGUUAAUAAUCCAUUUGCUCAGGUGCUCCAGGAGACGAGGUCUGACUGUGCUGGCGGUCGCCUCCCCAUCGGAGUGAUGACGAGACUUACGGUGGACCCGGGCCCGCCACCAACAAUUGUGCCGCUUCUAAGACCUUUACUGCAUGCCAUAUACUACUACCCACUGAGUUAUAUCCUCAGUAACCGUCAGUUCGUUGGAAGUAAGCAAAAACGUGGUGGUCAAUUUGUCCCCCGAAAAUGGACUCAUCAUAACGCCAGUGUCAUGAGUAAGAUGAAGAAUAUCCAGUUCUGUGAUGAUAUCAUUGAUAAAAUUGACCGGUUUAAGUUUGAGGAGAUGUUAAAGGUGUUGGAGCAGGACUCUAACGAAGAAGGGGGAUCGAAGGUUACGGUGACCGAUUCGGGACCGUUAAUCGAGUAUGAUGGUAACGGAGAGGCUACCAUUAAUUUAAAGGAAGUUUAUCCUGAAUAUUCUGGAGUGCAGAAGAUUCCAUUAGCCGCUAGUGGUCCUAUUUUUGCCUACCUCAACUGGCUCCAACCAAUGAAGCCAACUAAGGGAUAA